ACAGUAACCACUUACUACUUCUGUGAGUUCUCUGAUCUACACUAUUAGAUGUGUUACAAAUUCAUAAAAUGCUAUUAGAAUAAUUGCACCAACUUAUGUAAAACACUCAAUAGUUAAUUGAAUUUAUUGAAUUUAAUUAUAUACACAAUAAAAAUAGGUUCUGUUGUCAUUCCUGAACAAAAUAAAACCGCUUCCAGAUCGAGUAAAGACUGCUUAAUUUAACAUUACAGAUUUAACAUAUCUAACCUUCAGUAUUCAUUGCAUAUACUACACUUUGGUCGUUGAUACACAUUACACAUAUCGAAUUAUCUUCUCCACACAUUUCAAAUAAUAUCUCUAUAGACUAUUAAUAUCAACUUUAAACGUUCAUUAUCGAAAAUGAAUUUUGGGGAAAACGAGACCAAUCGAUGGGAUUCUACCCCUCACGUUCACCAAUCAUCACACAGUCUCAUCAACAGGCUUAUCCGUUUGAGAACUACAUAUUGGAAUAGACAAUAUGCGAUCAUUUUGCUCGCGUAUAUAGGUUAUAUAAUUGUGGCGUAUCAAUUUAAUUUUCAUUAUGAGUUUUUUGAGUUUUUAUCAGAUCAAAACAAAUUACAUAUUAACUCGUCCCAUUAUGAUUACAUACAUUACUACCAAUAUGGACGUGUCAUAGGUUUAAUACCUACAGGAAUUUUGGCCACCAUUUAUCCAGCUCACAAUAUUUUAGGAAUCUCUGUCACCAUAUCAUCGAUUCUCUAUUUAAUUAUAGUCAUGAGUAUACGUUACAUAGACGCUCACACGCAUUCUUUCUUACAAUUUUGUAUGGGAAUUACAUUGAGCGGGAUGACUGGAUCGAUUGACAGGGUUUGGACGUAUUGGGUACCACUAAAUACGCAAUCAAUACGUCACAUUCCAAUAAUACUAUUUGAAAUUAUAUACAAUGGCGAAUAUCUCGAUAAAAAUAUUGCUGCACUCCACCAUACAUAUUCAUCUUAUACGUUAACGCUAUCUUUCGGAGUGAUCGGGCUGGCGUGGUACAUUUUGUGGUUGUACGUGAUCAAUGACAAUCAAUUUCGGAGGCUGAACUGCAAUAUUAUUUUAUUUGGAGGUUCGAACGACUCACAAUACCCUUUACAAAAAUCUGAAAGGUCGUUAAUCCAUUCAAUCGUAUCGGACAUACCAUGGAAAUCGUUGUUUACUUCUAUGCCUGUCCUUGUGAUCUUUUUAUUAGCCGUGUGUGAUGGUCAAUUAUAUAUUGAAAAAGCUGAUGCUGAUUUUGACAUUCAUGUAACGUUUGAUCGGCAAACGAGAACAUUUAAUAUCAUUUUAUUGAUUCUUAUCGUCAUCUUGGUCGAAUUAGUUCCAGAAAUCAUUGUAUCCAUUUCCACCACCAAAAUUAGAAAGUUUUGGAAUUGGUUGUAUUUUGGUUCACUGAUCAUACAUUAUAAUCUGGAAGCCAUCGUUGACAACACUUUAGAAACCAAUCGAAUUUACCAUUUUAUUCUUCAAGAAAUAGAAUAUCUUAAUUAUUUCGGAUACUUCUUUAACUAUUUAGAUAUUGCACCAAAAUACUCUAGCUUAAUUUCUAGUCUUCUGAUGGUAGUUUAUUAUACUUUCAAUAAAUUGUGUGCAACGGUCCUACAGAACAUAUUCAAUUCUAAGAUACUUAACGAUGCCGAAACUAACAUCUUGAAGGCGGUAAUAUGUUUAUUGAUUGGAACGUUGUAUUCUAUUUUCGGAUCUGCGGAAAUACAACCAUGGGCAGCGGACAAGCCAGUAAAAGAAAUUCAACAAAAUCUAGUCGAAAAUGAAAAUCUGCAGUCUGUAUAACAGAUUAAUUAAAUAUAUUUACUAUUGUCUACACAUUAUACUUAAAUACUAAACAUACAUAAUAUAGAUAAUACAAUUAGUAA